AUGCUCAAAAAGCAAGCCUCUCCAUCAGCUGAGGUCAUUGCCGAUCUGCAAGCAGGAAAAUUCUCAACUAGAAUACCAGGCGCUCUGGCUCCUGCCAAGAAACGUCCUGCAGAGGCUAUUCCGAAGACGUCUCCACCGAAAGUACCUCGCCUAGAUGAACCAAAUCUGCAUCGGCCGUAUGAAAACAGUUAUCGUUAUCCUCCACAUCCAGGUCCUGCAGCUCCACGAGAUUAUUACCAGGUUCCUAUCAAGCAUGAACCAGCAAGCCCUCAACCUGCCGGAAUUUACUACGCAGAAAAACGUUCUGAGAUGCCUUCGAUAACGCGAGGAGUGCUGAAUACGCCACAAAGCCAACCACUAUCAUCCAUGGCAAACCACUCGGUGCUUCAACCCAACACUCAUCAGAAUACUCGUCCUAUUGAUUCUCAUACUUCAGUCAUCACUAGCUAUCACCCUCCCAGCAGUAGACCUGAAGUUCCAAGGGCCCGGGAAGAAUCCCCAAACCAGAGGGAUUACCGCCAACAACCACCAUUCGGUCAACCGGAUGAUCGACUUUUCUAUCCGAAGCCGGAGCCCUUUCGUCACGGCCACGGUGAUUCAAAGUACUUUGGAUCAUCGUUAGAUAAAACCUCCUCGUCGUCGACAAAUUCUGCUGAGCCAACCAACAAUCAGCAUCAACAGCCCCCAACUGUAGUCAUGCAGUCUCAUAUUCAGUAUGGUGGACAGAAACCACCUCAACCACAAUCUUCAUCACAACCGUCAAUUCAAAACUACAAACGUCCUGAAGUUCUGCAAAGUGCUUUACGGCCCGAGUACUAUAACUUUCCAAACCAUGCACAAACCAAGCCGUCAAGCAUGAUCGAAACUCAUCACAAUAAUCGGUCGUACGAGAACAUACCUCGUUUGAUCAGUGAUGCCCCAAAGCCAAGCUCUGACUAUAGAUCUACACCCCCGCAUCAGAGCACCAGUCAGGAAUCUCUUAACAAAAGCUCUCCCGCUCCGUCGCCACAACAUCGCGGUGCAGAUCAAUCAGUCAUUUCCAAGCUCCGAACCAGCUUGGAGCAGAAGGAACGCAUAAACCAGCUGCGCAAGCAAACCAGUUCGGAAAUGUCCGAAGAAGACUCAAAACCCCCGGAAAUGAGUUCCUUUCCACCGUCCCAUUUUCGCUCCAAAGGCGCCAUGAAGGCUUACACGCCAAUCCCAAACUUUGACAUGCCAAACUCGACUCCUCAAUCGGCACAACAGCCUCCACCAGCCCCGCACAAGCGGGAUCAUCGCGGCCCUCCAGCCCAAUCAAACCAGAACCGGUGGAGGUCCCAAAAGAACCGAUCGAACCACCGGCAGAAAUUGAAGGAGCCUCUGCGCUCGAUAUCCUCGACUGGGGGAGUGCUUGUAACGAAUUCGUGGAACAACUGCAAACAGGCAAAAAGCGCGGUCGGCGGAAAAGAGGGAUCACUGCCAAACGAGACUCGGAUCAGUUGA